AUGUACGGGAACAAAGGGCCUCCAAAGAAGUACAGCAACCCACGUGGUGUCACGGACCAAUCAGGGGCCUCGCGUGUGUGUCAGAAGUGUGCGUCGACUGAGCAUUGGACAUUUGAGUGCCAAAACGCUGCUGAUGCCACACGUAAGACGACGGCACGGCUGAGUCGGUCACAGAUGUUGCGAUGGGGUAUCAAACGGCGGCGACAGGAGUUCGUACCGGAGCCCACGGAGAGAGAGGCUUACACUGCGCAUGCGAAGGAGGUGGAGCGGAUGCUGCUUACUGAGGCACGGAGGGACGUGCUGCAGAGGCAGCGCCUGGAAAAGUCGCGAGGCGUGAAUGACGAUAGUGACGACGAUGGCUGCAGUCGCGGCGACGACACUUGGAACGACGUGAAGAGCAAAAAGAGUAAACAAAGUGCGAUUUCGAAGGAUGAGGCGUAUAUUAAAGAGGAGAAGAAGGACGACAUGGAAAUGUGA